UAUCUCAAACUAAUAAAUAAUGUUAUCAGGUGUGGCCCAUAAGCUUGUCAUUUCACUGAACGCGUAGCUGAGGUCGCAUGCAUUUUGUAACAAGGAUUACUAGACGCUUAGCUCAGUUUAAUUCCAACUUUUCCUAUUCUAUCGCCAUGGCUCAAUCUACUGGUACUCUCAAUUUCGAAGAAGUUCGUGCUGGCUUAGAGAAGAAAAGUUUAAUUUACAUGGAUGUCCGUAAUCAAAGUGAACUUCAGAGUGAUGGCAAGGCUGUUGGCAGUGUCAAUCUACCAUUGCCUGAAAUAAUAGAAGCAUUUGCAUCAAGUGAUGUUGACUUUAAAAACAAAUAUGGGUUUGAUAAGCCUGACAAAAGUGCCCCAUUGGUAGUUGGUUGUUUUGCAGGUAAAAGAGCUGCAGCUGCUGGAGAACAACUUAUUUCACUUGGAUUCAACAACAUAAAGGUGUACCCUGGAAGCUUUAGUGAUUGGAAGUCUAACGGAGGUCCCAUAUCCAAAGAAUAAUUCUUUUGAUUACAUUGAUUAUGUAUGACAGCCUUGUAAUAUGAUGUCAUCUGUAACACAAUCAGUGCAAGGUGAUGGUUUUAUAUGGCCUACUUAUGAAAUCUAGCAAGUAGGGCCAUACUUAGAUUAUCUAAUAAAUAUUAUAAAAUA